CGCGCUCCUGCGAGCGCGGUCCGAGCUCGCCCCGUGCGGGAGCGCGACCGCGAGUGUGGGCAGGAGCCGGCGCUGCCAGGGCCCUGCGGGGGCUGCGGGAGCGCCAGAGGAGGUCGAACUGCCCUAAUUCACCUGCAAACCGAGACGUGCGUGCCGCAGCAUGUGGCUGUCAUGUGGCUCCUCUGGCACAGACAAAUUCCUGCAGGAGUUUGUCAGCAUGCGCAGGCAUAACGCUGACCCAGUAAGAAGCGUGGAGCAACAGAUCAGCACUCUUUUCGUCCCUGUCAGCAUCCGCUCUUUGUUUGGAGAUAGCGAUGAUUCAGCCACUGGACUAAUCUCAGAUGAGAUGUGUGUUUGCUAGAAAGAGUAAGAUAUUGCAUUUUAUGAUUAGGAAAGAGUUUGUUCAUCACUGUCCUUAAAUUAUUGCCCUCCUCUUGGCCAAUGAAUCAGGAGUAAUGAACUUUGGAACUUUAUGGAGUGUUUUGCCACCAGUGCUUUAUAGGCUGAGUUGUCACACAUAUGAAGUGUGACAGCUGUGCACUUGUAUCUCAAGUGCACAAACACAGUAGAUCAAACACACUGCAGUUCUGCAUCAGCCUGCCAUGGUUACUCUGGCUGUUUCCCCCCCUCUUAUUUAUUCUGAACAAAUUGGACUUUUUGUAACCCUGUUGGCCUUGGAAGCUGAAUGUUUCUCAGUUUUAACAAAAAUGUGCCAGUUGUGAGCUCCAGUGGCUAUUGUGUAACAUACAAGUAAAUGAUACGUAUUCUAGCUAUCCUUUGUCAUCUUAGGAUCAGAAGGGAAUCUUUCUGAUUCAUGCCUCACAGUUCUACAGAUUAUGUUUUUUUUCUUUACAUCAGUGUAACAUAUAAUUUUGCAGUUGUUUUAAGCAGAGACUAUUAAAAACAAUAUUACCAUGGUAAGCUUGUCUUCCACCCAAAUGAGUAACCUCACAAAAAACAUUUUACUGCCUAAUCAUUGUUGACAUUUGGAAGCAACAAGGUUUUAAUUAAUAGUUCUGUUGAUGAUGCAUGAAUUUCAAAAAAUUCAUUUUGAUUUCCACUUAAUUAGCUACAUAAAACUAAUAAGUAGGGACAAUAGAGAUGCGUGUCUCUCAAUGACAGAAGAGGAAGAAAGUACCACAGUCCCUUUCAGGACAUAAAGUACUAUGUUAAAACAAGCCAGUAAGUUCUGUAUUAAUUUUGACUAUGGUGAUCUUUUCCCCUGUUGUACCUUCUUCAGUGAAAAUAAUGUCAUUGAUGUAGAAUUUAGCCCAGAUUGUGACAGUGGCUGUAGCUAGCAAUUGUUUUAUUUAAGUUGGUUUUUUAAGAUUUUUCAAGAUCUUUCCUUUGCUCUUAUUUUUUCUCUGCCAUAAAUGUUAAAGAACUGCUUUUUAUUAGGCAUUUUGUUCCAAGAAACAGUCCUGGAAACUAAGCAGCAAGGGGUGACAUAAAAAGCUUCAACUUCUUUUCUCCUUUUUAUGUUAUUUCUUCUGUAUGUACAUACUUCUCUUUCCAAUACAGAAUUCUUCUGUAAAGCUAUUUGGUGAAAUUAUUGAGAAACUGACCUAAAACCAGUAAUGCUGGAAGUUUGGUUUUUUUGUUUUUGUUUUGUUUUGGUUUGAUUUGGUUUUUGCUAGGGAAGUUAUUUAUAAACAAGAGGAAAAAAUUAGAGUGAUACAUACAGGGAAAUACCUGUUCCUUGGAGUAGAAGAUUGAGGAUCUGAGAGUUCCUUGGACGUAAAGCGAAGUUCCUGACUUUCAAGGAGUCUAAAAAGCUAACCAGUGAGUUUGCCUCAUAAACUCCUACAACGUGCUUGAAGUCUUCUAACUCAUUGUUAAUGCUGCUAGAGUAAGGGAUUUAGCUUUCAAGUAGUAAACACAGAAGAUUUCAGGGCUUGAGGGGAGAGUCAGAGUUCAGUAAGACAGGUUAAAAUAACUAAAGACUGAAGCAACAAUCUGCAACCUAGUUGCAGUCAAGGUCUGUGGAUUUUUUUCCUUGGUGAAAAUUGAGCAGAGCUCAUGAAGAUCCCAUUUGCAGCAUAACGCUGCUAAUUACGCCUUUUCUCAGUAGGACGUAGGUGUAUUUGUGUUUUCUCAUUGUGGCUACUCCCUGCUCACUUGAUAUGAUGUUCUUGGACCUGGGAGACUUGAGUCUGAAGCUGUAACAGUCAUGAAUCAAGCAGUUUCUCCUACUCUUUCAGCUGUGCUGCGUGCUCGGUGAGCAAUCCUGAUCCAUGAAGUGCCUUGAGAAUUCUUCAUCUCAGCAUCAGACAUCCAUGUGAAAGCUAAUGUGGAAAGCAGUGACUCUCCCAAAGUUUAGCACAACAUGGUCACGUUAGCUAAGUGAUGGGAAGCAGGUAAAGUACAGGACUUCUGUGAGGAAGGUGCUGGAUCCUGCUCUCCAGUCUGCAAAUCAGUAAUACUGCAAGUGAGUGUGUGACGUGCACGUCUGGGAGGAAGCGGGGCACUUGGUCUGAAAAGUCAUUUGUCAGAAGGUGAUUCAAGUGCAGUAAUUACAGGAGCUGCCUCUGGUACCUCUGCUACUGUUGCACAAAGUUAGCUUUGAACUUCUUUACCAAAGGAGAAAUAAACUACACUUACUCUAAAUACUUGAUCGCUGUUGUUCAACUCUGAAACUCUUGAAUAGGAAAAAAUAGGUGUAGUAUUUUUUCCAUGUACUGCUCGUGAGGCAAUGUUCCAAAGAAAAACCUGCUUGCUACCCUUUUUGUAUGUGAAUAUUCUCUGUGCAAGCUUACUAGUACAUCUGAAGCAUGUCUCCUUUGAAAGUUACACUGGUGGGUACUGAAUGGAACUGAGGAAAACUGGCUUUUUGUGUUUCAGUUUCUUUUGUCUCCAAGAGGAAAGGCUGUAAUUGGAAUAUAAAUAAUUUUUUUUUUCCCUGAAAUGAAAUGUCGGCAGCUUUGACCAUCCGACAGUAAUUGGCUUCCUGAUAUUCCACUUGCAAAUGAUCUUUAACUGUUAAACGAGAGUCUUUCUAUGCAACUGAACUACACCUUAUAGUCACGAUUUCUUCACUGGCACUUUGAAUAAUUGUGAUGUUAGAGGUUUUUUCCUUCUAAUUAUGAAUUCUAAAAUUAGAUCUAAAAACAAGAGUGGUGUUGUUUUCUUAAAUGAGGUAAUUUUGUCUUGUUUUGGCUUAGAGUGCAGCUCCACAAACGGUUGCAUCAGCACUAACUGUGGAGUAAACUAGCAAAAUGGUAGAAGGAGUUAGGUGAACAAAAGGACAGGAAUCGCUUAGUCAGGCUUUGCUACUGGAAAAAAUUGUAAUGUGGAACCAUUUAUCAUGUUAAACCUCAGUCAUUUAUUAAAUGUGUCUAAAUAUUCUCUUUUUCAGCAUGAUACUUUCACAGAAGGGAUUUGCAGAAACAGAUAUGUUACAUAAGUAAACCUGAUUUUCUGCAAGAAAACUAUUUUUUUUAUGUGCUUAUGGUGUUUUUAGAAACAUUUAAGAGCAAUGAUAUUAUGUUUUUUGAUUAGACAAAACCUGAAGACUUCUGACUGGGUUUCUAGUGAUUCUUCUUUAAUAUUAGAAGUGCAAACUGCAUCUGGAAGACUCUAAAAGAGUAGCAACAUCGUGAGUGUUGUAAAAAGUUUUGUGUUUGGGAAGGGAAGGGAUUUUUAAUUAAAUCAGUGGACUUAGAUCAUUUGGAAUCAUCUGGGGACAUGAUGAAGCAGGCAGCUGAUAAAUAUAUAAGGUAUUGGAUGAUGUCAUGUGAAGGCAGAAUUAGGAUGUUAUCAGAGCCAGUCUGGCAAAAUUUGUCCCUUUUAGCAGCAUUUACUUUCAAAUACGUUGGGCCCAGUGCAGUUCCACUUUCUUAUAAGUCAUCAGAAUUAUAUAAAUGUAAUCUUAGAAGUCCUGAUUUGUAUUUGUAAUCAAUAACAGCUGUAAUAUUUAUGUUAGCAUUACAGUUAGUGCUGUGCUUCUUGGUAUAGUGGCACUUCUUGUAUAUAUUUAAGAGGAGUCUCACUUGUUUAGACACAAAGAUACAGCACUUGCAAACACUUAAACAACGCUUUUGCUAAAUAUGCCAAAAAAGUGGAACCAAAUUCUCCAAAUCAUGAGACUUAUUCCAUAUCAAAAAUUCUAAAAAUAAUUAUUUUUUCCCCAUUCACAUUUGCUGUUCUUUACACUUUAAUUUUCAGUGACAGACAGCGAAGUGGUUGUGAGUUUACAAUAACUCAAUAUGUAAGGUAUCCUUCCCUCCUACUAUUUACACAUUUCUUGCUUGUUGGCAACAUUGUUUUCUGUGUAUAGUCUUUGGAAGUGGGGGAGGAGGUUGUUUUUAAAAAUUUGUUUGGGUCUAAACACCAUGUAUUAAUUUAAAAAUCAAAGUACCAAUUUGUAGGGAAAAUGUUUUCUCUAAUAGGCAUGAGCCACAGUGCUAGCAGAUGUUUCUUUAACCUGCUACAUCUGAGAGCGUGUCUGGAGGGCUGGUGUGUGUGGCUUUGAUGACACAAGCUUUGGUAACCGUUUGGGUGCAUUCUGAGUGUGCUUUUAUGAAGCAAGGACUUUAGUAGUAGACAGCACCAAAAUUACAUAAUGCAACUUGUUGUAAUUACUGGGUAGAAUGUUCAGGGAGCAGUUCCUGUAACAUCAUGUAAAAUAAUGCUCUUCUGUCUAUUCAAAAGGCCAGGAGAAAGAGACUACUGUUUUACUUAAAAGUAUUGAGUGUCCUGCAGGUCCUUUGAAUGCCUCAGCCUCUAAAAAUAAGGUCUUUUUUUAAAAACAUUCCUAAAAAUAGACUUGAAGUCUAAUAUUAAUCUCCUGGAAAUACAUCUUCAGAUCUGUAAUGUUAAGUGAAAUUUGCAGGGUACUCGGAGGUUAGAAUGUAGGAUUCUCUACAUAUUCACUGCUGCUUCUUGACUGGGGUUUUCCUGAGCUUUCCAUGUAAGCAUCUGUAAGGAGGAUGAGGAGAAAUGGACAUUUGUUUAGCCUUUCCUGGAUUCCUGCUGUCAGAAAACUGGCCAUUGCUUGUGCAGGGAGAUAGCCUGGUCUCACCUAUCAGCUCAUUUCUGUGCACAGCUCUUCCUCUCAGACUGAAAACCAGGUAGUUGUGGGGCUGCUGCUGCUGUCACAGGUCAUGUUCUGGAUUUCAGUGCUUAGCCCUCAGCACUCUUAGGCUUGAGAAAAGGGUGUCUCGCCCUUCUGUGCUCUCUGCAUCCUCUCUUUCUGAGCAUACAAAACACAGCAGAAUUGACACUCUCCAAUGUAAGGACAGGUUCCCGAGUUGAAAGCAAGGAGAAUUUUCUGAGCUGUUUAGGUUUCUAAAGGUCUAUCAUUGAAUUAAUGACAUGCUGGAGCCAGAAGGCGCUGGUCAUAUUAAAAGAGAAGGGAAGAUGUGUUCUGGUUUUGUUCCACAUGGUCUUUCAUUUUCUUUUCCUCCCAUUUUCCUUCUGUCCUUUCCAUAUGCAGUUGUGUUUAAAAAUAUGUCUUUUAUUGACCAUUGUUUUGUGGAUGCUGCCAGAUAUGGCUGUAGGUUUGGGGAUUUGACCAAGUUCUAUAAAAGUCAAUUGAAUGUAAUGACUCCACUAGCUGCCAAUGAAGAUAAAUUGAAUUCUUUGUAGAGUUUGCAAGGGCUGCCAAAGGUAUCUCAUUUCUUUAUUUUAAUUUUUGUAUGUCUGUGUAUAAUUCUUGCAACACAAAGUAUUAAAAUUUUGAAAUGUGAAGUUUCAUUCUAUUUCUUCCAUCUCUUAAUUAAAAAUAUGUAAGAUGUCAAGCACAGUAAACCUGUUAAGAAAAAGCUGACACAGUUAGAAGUCCAGUUAUGGCCAAUAUAACUUGCCUUCUGCACUGUACUUUAACAGUCUUUAAUUAUGCGAUAACAUAAAAUUUAAACACAGAUACCCCUCACUUACAUUUUUUUCAUCAGCCACAGGUGACGUGUAACACUGUUCUAUGUUUGACAGUACAAGAAAAGAAUGUCCCUGCCUAUAUUACAGUUUUAAUGAAUGUCAGGAAAUUAUAAAUCAUUUGCAUUAGUUACUGUGAAUUUAAUGCAUUGUUAAGGUGUCAAGAGACUUAGCUGGUCGAUUCCCGUGGCUGUGAAUUAAACAGUGAUAAUGAGACAAUUACUUAGUUAAGUUAUGAUAUUAAUUAUUUUGCUGAGUUGUGAUUAAUAUAUUAUUAAAAAGAAAAAAUAUUAUAUAUGUGGAAACAUGAGUUUUUAUGGCAGCUUCCAAUUUACUAACACUGACCAAAGUCAAAUAAAUAAUAGAAAUAAUUUCCAAAGAGGGAUCUUACAAGUGAUUUCAUACCCUUUUUAGAAUACUUUCAAGAAAAAAUACGUUGUUUUCUUGAUUGUAUCUUUGUGUUUGAGGACUGGUACAAUUGUAAAUACAAGCAAUUCUUAAGUAGCUAAUAGUCAAACCAAGAGCUUGUAUAAGUCUUGAUUUUUUUUUUCUCCUUUUGUUUUACAUUUUUGUAGUUAAUAAUCAGGUAAUGAGAAGCCUUGAUUCCUCUAACUUCCACAGUGGUGAUGGGGAAAAGAAGUACAGUGUUCUCAUCCAGAUUACUUAUUUUUUGUUACAACGUAAAGGAGUUCUUCAAGACAGAUGCUAUGCAAAAGUCAUGAAACAACUGUUCCUGUUUUAAGGAGAUCUAUUGGAAUAUGCAUUUUUUUAAAAGAAAGAAUAAUUACACAAGGUUUAAAGCAUUACCUGCUCCAGCACCUGGCUUUAAGUAUUUUUCCCUAGGAUAACUUGACAUAGAAGAGUUUGUUUGGUGUCCAUUUGGCCUGUAUACACGAGCAUCAAAUUUGAAUUCUGAACACCAUGGACUUGCUGCAUGAUAUGUCUGCUAAAUCCAGUGAGUCAGAGAAGUCCAGUCCAACACUUAGUGCGUAUGUGUGGGGUAUAGUGUGUCCAGAACACACCCAAAUUGUGUGCUGCAGAACAUGGCAUUGGAUUAGAACAUCUUGGUCUGCAUAUGAGCUUCCAGUGGUGAGAUUCCUGCUUCCUCUGGGGCAUAAUUUCCACGUAGAAAAAGAGGACAUCGCCAGAGGCACUCCAGGUGUGUAAUGUCCCUUACUCAGCAAAUCAAAUGAACAGGUGCUGAAAUGUUGGCUCUUCAAGCAGUCCCAGUAGAAUUAUUGCAGAAAAAUGUGCAUGUUUACAACAAAAUGAAAGUGGGAAACACUGAAAAAAAGCCCCAAAGGCAACCAAGAUAUUCUAAUUCGAGUAUAUCACAAAGCAAUUUUUCUGCAAUUUUUUUAGUUAGACAGUAUAUUUGAUGCAAUUCAUAAGGUGACUUUUCAAACCCACUUGAAAUGUUUGCAUUUUCAUGGUGAGAUUCUUCCAUCUUAGCAUAUAUAUCACAAAGUUAUUGGUUAUUCUUGGUUUUAUAUUCAGUACUUUUCUAGUAUUUGUAGAUAGCUGAGUAAGUCAAACACUCAGAGUGAGUGUUACUCAUCAGCAAAAAUGGAUGGUAUUGAAUAGUGUCAUUGGAAGCAGAAGCCUAAACAAAAUUCCCCACUUGAUUUGAAAGGCAAGCUUUAUUUCUGCAUUUUAGCACCGAUGUAUUUAAUGUAGUUUUUUCUCUUUUUGUAUGUUUCUUACCAGGAUUGCUGUCUUAAAUCUUAGGCUUGAAAGUUGACUGUAUAGAGCAUGAUCUUCCUAUUAUUGAGUACUGUAUUUGAGAACUAUGUGGAAGAUAAUUUUUUUUAUUAGGUUUUUUUGAUGGAUUUCAACAGCACUUAGACAUAUAUAAAGUGAGCGUGCACCAGGUUUGAUUGUUUCCUUGUGCUGCCAAGUAAUUUUCCUUCCUUGUUUGCUCAAGGCUUUCACGGAUCAACAGAGGAAUCAAAAAUCGCGAAAAGUGAUAGAAAUUUUUUUGCCAAAAUCUUAAAAAUUGACAAAACGCUCAGAGGAAAUCAUGUUGUCUGAAGAAGGUACUUAACCUUUUCAGGCUAGUAUAUCUGCCAUUAAAAUAUCCUUACAAACCACUCUUUCCACGCUGUGGUGUGUGCUGGAAGAGGCACAGUUAAAUGCUGUGCAGCUGCUAUGGCAUGUGCCAAAGUUUAGACUGAGCUAAGUGAGGCUUAGAAGCUAUCUUUAGCAUACAGAUGAGUGAUACUAUCCCAAGCAUGCACUCUGUCUUCUUACCUGAAAAUCUGAUGCUAUCACAUAAAAUAACAAGUAUCAAGCAGCACUGUUUUGUUCUCUACAUGAAUUAUGCUGAUUUUAAUUAUCAGUCAGAACAUUAAAAAACAGAUCGCUUUCUGACCCUUUGCAUGUUGAAUUGUUGGGAAAUAAUUUGUUUGGUUUUUGCACUGCUUGGCACCAAUUUCAUGCUUUUCAGUUGUAUGCCAUUACAAAGUACAUCUUCUUCCAUUUUCCAAUGUUCUGACAUCAUCAAAUUCUAGUCACUACCCAGUUCUUCAGUGCUCUUGUUGCUAAGAGCCUCAACUCACAAGGCAAAAGGAAGUAUGUGCAUGUGAAGAAAAAAAUCUGGUAUUAUUUCCAGCUUCUUCCUGCUGUUUCUGGUGUGGUCCAUGUUGGAGGUUAGGGAACCAAGAAGUUGUGUUAAUCUCAGAGCUCUCUGGUUUAAGCCUUUGAGAAUGAAAUGGUUUCUAGACCCUCAGCUUGCAGAUCUUAAAGAUGCAGCCAGAUGCAGCUUUGUUUACUAAAGAGCCAAGGACACAUUGAACAAAGCUGCAGAACUGCCUCCUUUAUAACUCUUUGUGAAGGAAUAUCAGAGGAAAGAAAAUGCAUCGAGGAAUGUGAGGUGGACAGUGAAGGAAGCUAGGGGAGGAAGAAAAUAAAGUGUCAGAGAAGGAGAAGGUGAUAAGAAAAAAACUGUAAAGUGGAAGACAGGGAAAAGGGAAAAGAGAAAGGCAGAAUGACCUGGAAAAGAAAAAAAAGAGAUGGUGUUCCUGUGAGUUCUGUGGAUCAUACUCGGCACAUCUGUCUUAAUGUGGUUUGAUGUUUUGUCAUAAUGCUGAUAUGGUACAUCAGUGUACAGUGUAGUGGUUUGUAAUGCAGCAGAUUAACCUCACAAUGUGCUGUUUUACAGGUCCUCAAUAGCUUCUGGAGGGUUACAAUCAGGACAAUAAUACCAAUAGAGAGGGUAAUGCUGCAGGUGAGGUGUAAAUAGAUGAAAGAGACAGCAUGUGAUGAGAGACAUAAAUGGAGAAGACAGAAAAACUGGAAGAAAACUGAAGAAGGGACAGGAAGAGGUUCAUGAACAGACAGCUUUCCAGAAACAAGCCUUUGUUCUUUUAUGGACAGCUGAAGAACAAUGGCUUCCUUCAGCAACCUGACUAUUGGCAUUGCUGUUGCCAGUUUUACUGUAUUUCAGCUCCUCUUCCAUGUUGUAAGUUCCUGGGUGUCAACACGAAUAACACCUGGUUUUAAAAAUCUCAGCCAAAAAAGGAAGAUUGAAUGGAAUUCAAGGACAGUGUCCACAUUGCACGCCUUGGUGGUUGGAGGGUUUUGCCUGUAUAUUUUGUUGUACGAUGAUGCUGUUAAUGCUGACCGUAUCUGGGGUGACCCUUCAAUGGUGAAGCUGAAUAUUGCUAUUACCACAGGCUACCUCAUUUCUGAUCUGUUGCUUAUUAUUUGCUACUGGAAGGCAAUUGGUGACAAAUUUUUUGUAAUACAUCACUUGGCAGCUCUGUAUGCUUACUCCUUUGUACUGAGCAAAGGUCUGCUGGCUUAUUUUGGAAACUUCCGUCUACUUGCAGAGUUCUCCACUCCUUUUGUCAAUCAACGGUGGUUUUUUGAAGUACUGGGAUAUCCCAAAUCUUCAAAGGCCAACAUCAUCAAUGGUGUGCUGAUGACAGUUGUGUUCUUCGUGGUGAGGAUUGCCGUCAUGCCUAUAUAUUACAGCCACGUAAUUGCUUCAUUUGGAACAGAAGCUUUCCACAGAUUAGGAUUUGCAGCCCAGAGCGCCUGGAUUAUCUCAAGUGUUGUCUUGGAUGUUAUGAACGUGAUGUGGAUGUUCAAAAUUGCAAAAGGAUGCUACAAAGUGAUUUGUCUUAUUGGACGCAAGGAAGCCAAAACUCACAGAAAUGGAAAAUCUGCCUAGAAAUCGUACAUGAAAUGAAAUUUCUGCUAUGAAAAUAAUUUGGGUUCACUGAAACAGUGCACAUUUCUGCCAUGGAAUGCUCCUAUUAAGGAAACAAGGUAUUACCUCUGUACUGACCUUACUCUUUCCCUAGCCACACUGCCUGCACACCCAGGGCCACGCUUUACGGAUCCUGUCCCGUGAGGAAUAAAAACAAAAGCUCACACAGAUGAGUUUCACGUGUCUGUUCUAAGCAGUUACAAACUACAGAAAUCAGAAAGGAGUAGACUGGUUACUUGCUUGUCGUCCACCAGUGUGUUCGAAGUGUUUCACUCAGGUUUCUCAGAUUAAUGUGUUUUAUAAAUCCAGUGAAUACUGACAUAUCUCUUUUUUUAGAAAAUGAAAAAUUCCCCAAACUCCUGAUAUGGUGCAAUUUUCCAGUCACGUUUCUAUGUUUUCUUCUAGGAAUAACAAUCAAGAUUUCAUUCUUGACAACUUUUUAAUUUUUGCAAGUAAAGCUAAAAGUUUGGCUUUGAUUCUGUGAAGUCUUUUACUGCUUCUUGUUCUACCUUAUAUGAAUCAAAACAUUUUGGGAAAUUUAUGAAAUAAUUUUAUCUAAAAUGCUGUAUUAUAAGACUACGUAAUAUCUUAAAAAUGGUUAAAAUUCACAUUUUGAUGGGAAGAAUUCACACUUGCUGUGCUAGAUUACAUGCAAUAGUACAUCUUCUAAGUUGCCCAUAGAAUUUUUUUUUGUAAAUUAAUAUGGUAAAUGAUAUGUGGAAACGAUGUAAUUUUUACUGGAGUGCUUUUUCCUUUGCUGCUACUACCUUUGAGAAGUGCUGCAACUCUCCUUGGAGUAUUUUUAACCCUUGGCUAUUUGGAUUCAGAGUUUAGUUUCAGAGGGAUGGAAUUCUUCUAUAUACAUGACAUAUACCUUCCAGUAAUGCUUUUUUUUCUUUUUUUCACACAAAUGUAAUAUUUGAUAUGAAGUCUUGAGGGUUUUUGUCACAUUUUCCACGUAGAUCAAGUCAGAAAUCUGAGGUGUUGACUAAAAACAUUCUUGAAUUAACUGUGCCAAACUUCUGUAAAGCUGUAUGGUAAUUCUGUAGAAGGAACAGUUCACCUCCAUAGACACAAAUUUUUAUUUUUUAAACACACAUUUGUCAAUAGGUACUCAGUUCCUCCUUCUCUGAACCUGAAGGUUUGGAGGUCAUCAGAGAGGAACCUUAUCAUCUCAGAAUAGUCUUAAAUCUAACUUAUAAUACAAUUUGAGGAAAUUCUGAGUUUUGUUUUAUUUUAAAAUGAUUUUGAGAGCUAUAUUUAUGUGUAAAUUGGUUUUGUUUACUUUUAACCAUAUUGGAAUCAGGACUGAUUAACUUCUAGUAUUUUUCCUUGACGUAGUUUUGCUUUGUUUUGUUUUGUUUUUUUUUCUUCACAUUACUUGUUAUUUGUUGCAACUUCUGGUAAGGCGUGCUAAAAGCACCCAUUUUCACUGAGACUUUAGUGCAAAUCCCAAUUAUUGUGGCAGUCUGUUUAUUUUUAAGGAAAAAGACAAAGCAUUUACCCUGAGUAGGAUGAUAAGUCCCUCUGACAAAGCUGGACGAUGUGAGCGCUCCCUCUGCAGUCGGAGGUGUGCGUGCCCUGUGCUGUGCACUCUGCUGAGGGACUCGAAUGAGAUGUCUGUAAGAGCCCAGGAGGACUCCUUAGGCUGAAAUGCCUUAUAACCAAGGCAGCUGCAAUGACUUGAGUAGCCCAGUUAAAAUGCUGUCAGGGAGUAUUGUUUGGACAAGUGCAACACUCACUUUUAAAAGCCUAAUUCCGCUGUUUAGCUGGUCAGGCUUUUUUCCCAAUCCUGCCUAGUUAGUGGAGAAAGCAAGGAUUGUUAGUACUCCUGGUUUUUGCAUUCUGUGGUUAUGAAUACUUCACAGGCCUGCAGACAAAAGAUCUGUUUAUGCCUUGGGAGAGUUGGCAAUUAAUCUGCUGAGCUGUAUGAUUUGCGUGAGCGCAGCACCUCAUUUGGGUGCUGCUAAAUCCAUAGUCUUUUAGAGUUGAUCCUUUGUAGAAAGAAACCGAUUCCCUUUUAUGCUAAUCUGCAGAACCUGGUAUCUUUUCAAAUGUGAUUUCAGUCAAUCUAAUGCAAAAUUUAGGCUUCAUAAAAAGGCUUUGUGUGUCUAUCACCUUUGUGAUUUAAAGGUAUAUAUGAAGUACUUUUUUCUUGUGGUUUUAAAAUCCCUAGAUCAGAGAAUUGUUUUGUAAUAGCUUGUUCCUUUCUAAAACAAGUGGAGUAAAUUGAAACAUUUUGGAGAAUAUGUUUGAAAGCAGAAGUCUGCUUCUGUUAUUUGGAAAGUAGGAUGAAAAAAGUCAACAAGGUAAUUUGGAGCAACUUUUAAGGUGAUAACUCAUGAAAAUAUUCUGAAAUUCAUAAUUUCUUAGCAUUAAUCUUUAAUAUUUUGAUAUUUUAAAUAUUUUGUUCUUUGUGGAGACCAUUUAUUAAAAUGGUCUAUUUCUUCCACUUAUAGAUAGACUUGUGUCUGAUGGGGGGGGUGAAGUAAGUAAAGCUAAAAUAAAAUUAAUGUUAAAACUUUAUUUAAAAGUAAAAACAAACAAACAAACUCUGCAUAAUACACUUUGGGCAACAAUCCAGAAUUGAAGGGCAGUGAAAUAACUCUUUUAAAACAGCUAGUACCUUGGAUCGCUGUACAAAUUUAGUGUAAUUAAAACUCUAUUUUGCAAUGCAUUAGGUUUAAAUUUUCUAACUUUUUUUAAACAAUAUUACAAUUAUGGCCUGAUGCAUCUGCUGUGCAUCAGAAGACAAUUUUUUUGUGAAAAAAACUAUUAAGAGCUGUGACUUUGGCAAAGACUUUAGUAAACAGGGUGCAAAGCUGUGAUGUACUGAAUACAGUAGUACCGGGCACUUUUUGCCUACUAUUAAAAGCUUAUAAUACAGCAAAUUAGAUAGCUGCGGCACCCAGUUUUUUAAUUGCACUUUAUUAAUUUGAAAAAUGUGGUGAAAUAUUGAUGAAAUUCAGUGUUGAAAGCUUGUGUCUUUCUUAUGCAAAAAAAGUAAAUGCAUGAUCAGUAGCAUCGUAAUAAUUGCUUUUGAAUGUAAUAUCUUAUUAGUGGCUUAAAACUUAUAUUUUUAACAGAUGCAUUAUAAAAGCAGACUCUUGGCAUGUCACCAGGUGUCUUUGCUGUGGACAUAUCAAAUGGAAGGAGUUAAUAUUGUAAAAAUACCCAGCUAUCUUAAUUUUUUUUUCUUUUCCAUUCUUCAAUACAAGGUGACAUCAGUUUGAUGAUCAUGGGAGAGACUAUUUGUAGUGGUAGGGCUGUGUGUAGGAAUGCAAGUUUCCCUUUUUUAUGACAUUACAUUUUCAUCAAAGGAUUAGUAAUUACCACUUUCAGAACUACUACAGGGAAUGGUAGGUCAAGUUCUGUUUUUGUAGUUGAUUUGCGGAAUCAGUACUUGCAGAAAGGAAAUAAACUUCAAAUACUCAUUUUCUCAAUGAGUGUUUCAGUGGAUUUUGGUGAAGUCGAGAGCCUCACACUACAGAGAUGCUUUAUGUUAUCUGAGCGAAUUCUUCAGUGGUAAGAAUUACAUUACUGAAACCUACUCUACCUCUAUACAUACAUACUAUCUUGCGUGAGCUCAAUAACUUAAUAACUUAAUUGCUUAAAAAAUAGAAUCUGUUGAGAAAUUAAAUAUAUCCUAUGCACGGGAAAAUGAGGGUAACUGACUUCAUAUACAAAUUCUUAAGAAUUCCAAAUUUUGUACUAAAGCUGACUAAAAAUUAGUCAAAGUGUUUGGAAGAGAAUAACUUUCAUCUUUACUUAAAAUGUUGUGGGAGAAGAUUACUUAUACUGCAGAACAAACAUUAGCCUAAAAGUAAAAGCUUACACAAGCAAGCAAAGGCAUUUAGGCAGGUUUAAAGAGGAGAGGUGGAGAAGACUUUGAGAACACCCAUAGAGAUCCAGAUGUCUUCCUACUGCUGUAGUUGGGACAACAGCAGUUUGAUACAUAGCAGAAAGGUUUAGGUGGUUCUGUAUCUCUGUUCGCAGUGGAAAAUGAAACUACUCUUUAAAAUUUUAAAGCUGUAUAAAAUGGGAUAUCAGUUGUUGAUUACUAUAUGAAGAGGACUUUUCUCAUGGCCUUGUGUGUGUUUAAGCAUAUGUAUAUACAAGUUUUCUGUAAAAGACCACUUAGAGAAGUUUGUAAAAUUGUUUUGUGAUGCUUCUGCUGAGCCAUUCAGAGAAAAAUAAAGGGCUGCUUGACAAUUUCUCGAGUUUAGGGUCUGGUGCAGUGUUGGCUGCCGGGGAAAGCCAUCAAUAAAGCAAAUAGAAAGGGAUUAGAAUUUUUAGAUUAGAAAGUGCAAAUGUAGGAGACUUUGAAAAGUAUCGCAGCCCCCUUUCGUAUUUUUAAUUGCCUACUGUACAACAACAUUUUCUGGCUAUACGGAACUUCAUGACAGAAAGUUUGCUCCUGGUCAAAUUUCUCUAUGGAAUACAGCUGGAAAAAGAACAGUAUUUAAUUACUGGGAUUCUGACAGCAGUCAAAUGGAAAUAAUUAUGAUAUUUAUGGACUUUUAACAUUCAUCUAAACCUGGAUAAAAUCUCUGUUGGAUAGGUGAAGGUCUUAGGAUUUUCUGAAAGCAAUUUGAAAGUUCUUUUUAUGGCAGAAAAGAUGAAAGAGGUGCUGCUUGGGUUGUUUAGAAAUCUGGGAUUAUGCAUCAAAUCAUACUUUUAGGUAGUAACACUUCGUAAUGGUUCUUACCCAUUAAAAAUUUCUACUAGCUACCUCCUUUGACAUUCUUGCUCUAUUUAUAAUAACCAAGCACUUUAUAGCUCAGUAAAGAAUGCAAGGUAGCUAUGAAAAAUAAAUUGUAUCAUUUGGUAUAAAAAAUACUUUGGCAAAAUUUCUUCUGAGAACAAUUUCAUUGUGUGAUGUCCUGUACUGAAAGGCCAUCUGUUUAUAACAAAGUACAUACAUUUUUAACCUAGCUGUAAUGUAAAAGAAAUGUCUUCAAGAGAGCGAAUUAUGAAGAGUUCAGCAUGGCUUGUUAUCAACCAUAUAAUGAUUCAGUGUGCUAUUUAUAACUUCCUACUUACUGAAAUUGAAAAUAUAAAAGCAAAUAAAAUAUUCUGUAUUGUAUCUUUAUUUUUAAUCUAUGUGUGGGAUGUCAAACAUUGUACUUGUCUUGUGGACAGGACAUGCUUUUAUGAGCCUAUAAAUAUUUAAGUAUAUGAGAAUCUGCACCCAAGUGGAACAUGUUGCAUGUAAAUUGUCUUCUAAGUUUUUAAAUUUUGGUAUUUUUAAAAAUUUGCUAAGUUUGAAAGCAACAUUUAAAUAUUAAUACUAAGCUGUAAUACAGAACGCAACAUUUUGAAUGCAAUAUGGCAUAUAUUGGUUUUGUUUAUUGUAAUCCUAUUCCAGUUUCACAAGAGAAAUCCAUCAAAUGAUAGGGGGAAGGGAGGAAAAGGGCUAAUCAUGAGCUCGGCUAUAUAAUUUGCACAUUUAAUAUGCACACAUCCAAAUAUCCUGGAUUUGUUUCUAGCAUGCAUAUGUCAAACAGUGUUUUCUUUAAUAUUGACAGGUACCUAUACAUGUGGAAUAAUUUAACCCAUAAGCACAGCUAACCUGUUAUAAAACCAAAUUAAAAAACCUGUUGGGAACAAAUGAGUUACAAGUUAAGCAUAAGUAAUGGAGCCUGUAAUUAAAAAAUAUUUAUACCUUCUACCUAAGAAGAAACUUGAUAAAUAUAUCUAAUUUAUGUGCAGAGUGAGGAUGAAAACUGUAGAUUCUGCUAUACUGAUUUCUGGUAAACCUUGACAAUCUGAUUUGCAGUAAAUACUAAUACUAUCACAAAAUGUCAGGACCACAUUAUUGAAUUCAACUAGUAAUGUGACCUGAUUGUAGUAGCAAUCCUUAUCAUGGCACAAGAACUUAAAAAUGCAAUAUAACAAUUCUGCAGAUUGGUGAUAAAUGUAAUCAGUCGUAGUAAGGCAAAUGAUUAAGUAUUGUGGGUUUAAAUUUACUUUUUAUUACAAGAAAGAAUCUGAAUUAUUUGUUUGCAUUUCAGUGAUACUGUAAGGCAUUUCUAUAUUUGUUUAAACAGUUUAGGAGCUUGCAUAAAAUGAUAUUGGCUGAUUUUUUUUCCCCUUUGAUAUAUGCAAUAAUGUCAAUAAGCAAUAAAUUGCAUGUUGUAUGCAAGGUAUUGGUACUUCAUAAUAAAGGAAAGGAACACAGUU